CUGUGUAUGUUUUUUUUCAAUUCGUGGAUGGGGUCGGGUUUUGUUUAUAUUCGUGAAGUGUUAAAUAUAGUGUUUGAUCACAAUGAGUAGCUCGAAAAAGAAAAGCAAAACGGACAAAAUCCCAAAGCCGAUAAGUAUAAAGAAAGAAAAAACAGAGGAAGACCGCACACUGCAUCCGAUUUCGCACUACAUUGACGACCGACUUGCACUUGUAAAGCAAAUAUUUUGCACUCUCAAGCCCAAAACGAUACGGAAUCUGGCGCCGGAGUUCUUAAAGAAAACAAAUCUAGACGAGAUUGAGGAGCUGUGCCUCAAUGAGCUACUCUGCAUAUCCACCAAGCGCUUGAAGUCAAUUAUAGAUGGCACACGCUGUCCCACAGAUACGGAGAGCUCCGAAGAUUCUGAUGUGGAGCACCAAGAGGAGCACAUUUCGCUGGAGGAGAUCUCGUCGGAUAGCGAUAUUGGUGGCAGCGAAUCGCGCAGAGCUAAAAAAAAGAAGAAACUUUCCACAAAGGGGACUGGUAAAACAACCGAAAAUAAAGCACCCGAAGGACAGAUUAGUGUCCUAGAGCUACUUGAAUUACAGGCUCGAGCGCGCGCCAUACGGUCCCAGCUGGCCAUGGAGCCCAUAACCAAAAUUGAAGUGAACUCUGAUGAAGAUAAUCCUACCACAGGUCAGAAGGAGAGGCAGUCAAGGAAGCAGGACAAAACAAGCAUCAACCGGAAAGUCGUUGAACGCAAACGUAAAUCAUCCAGCAAUUCCAAGGAUAACCCCAGCAAUGGCAAGGAUGCUUCACCACAAAAGCAAACGGUUGAAGUGGCUCCUAAAAAAAAGAUCAAGUUAAAACGAAACUAUCGCAAUGUCACAAAAUCCCCUGAAAAUGUGAAAUCAACUGAAAAAAGUGUUGAAAUCCCAACUACCUCAGAGCAAAGCCUUAAAAAGCUCCACGACAAAUCACGCUCGCCCUCGCCAGAUGUUAUACCCAUACAAGCAGAGCCUGAAACUUUGCUAAUAAGCGACAGCACCGACGAUGAAGCCAAACAAUCCAGCGAAGCAGCUCCUAUCCAAGCUAAGGCUAUUGAACCCCCAGCUCCACUUACACCGGCUAAGGAUAGCGAGCCGGAAGAAGGCGAAGUGACAGACGACGAUGAUAAAGUCAAUGAAGGGUCAAAGGUACCAGAAAAGCCAGAAGAGAAACAAUCUGAAAAUGAAAGCACAGUGGAGACUCCAAAAGAGCAAGAUGUUGAAAAAGCAGCCGAGGUUUCCGUUGAGAAGGAGAGUGUCAGAACCGAGCCGGAAGAAUCAAACAUUAGUACUAUAGAAGAUGCAGCGGCAGCAGAAAGAAAUUCCAUUGUUGAUGAUGAAGAUCAAAAUGACGAUAUCAUAUCUAUAGGCGGCGAUUUAGAAAACGAAAUGAUUGAAAUAGAAGAGCUGGCCAACGAAGUAUCUGUAAAAAACGAAACAACGGAAAAUUCAAACGAGCCGGAGGAGGAAGACAACGAUGUCAUAUCGCUGGAGACUAGUGAGGAUGAGCGUGAUAAAUUGCAGGAAAUAAAUCCGGAGUCCUGGCGCACUCGCUACUUGAAAAGCUCAAAGGUUAGCCAAGUGCUAGCUGCCUCGCGUCUGGGCAAGCGAGUGCGUGAUAAAAUCAAGAAAUCCAAACAUGCCCAAAAACGCAAUGAUGACAAGAAGGACGAAGAAGCGGCGGCAGCAGCGGCAGCGGCACAGGCCCAAUUCACUUCCAAGCAUGAGGAUGGAUCCGUGGAGCAGUAUCAGGAGCUACUGCAGCACCACCAACGAAAAAGUUCAAAUGGAAGCAGCAAGGGGGGCGGAGGCGGGGGUGACAAGUGAACGAAACGAUUGUUAUUGAAAAGUCACAAACGGGGGAGCCGUCUGAGCUGCCUCAGUAUGCGGCCCCAUAAAAGGAAAUCGAAUAAAAAACAACAAGCCCAAGAAACGCACAAAAAUUUGAA